AUGGUGUUUUUGAAAAUGAAUUUGUUGGUGCUUUUGGCGGCAAUUGCCGGAAUUUCCAGUGCCGUUGAUGUCUCCACCGUGACCGACAAGUUGAAUUUGCGUGGAGGGCUGCCGGAUCGAAAGUUGGAAACAGACUUCUCGACGGCGUACGGCGGCCCAGGCACCGAAAAAAUCCAGAAUCAGCUUGUGAAAGGCCCCGAUGGGAAAGAGGUCACUCUCCAAGAGAUGGAACAAACUGUCGGAGCAGCGUUCUUUGCAGGUAAAGGAUACACUCUGUACGCAAAGGUGAACGAUAAACCAACUCUGGUUGAGUGUAAUAGAAACUGGGGUCCAGUCCAAGGGAAGAUCGGGAACGGGGACCUGUGCUGGGUCGAUGGAAACCCCAAUUGCGAGCAAUUGUGGAAAGCGACAUUCUUUGAAGAUCCUGAUGGUGGAGACAAUGUACAGAAAGAGCUGCCCAAAGACAAGCAGACUCCAUGUUUCAAUGACGUUAUCAAGGGCCCCAAAGGUUUCAAGAUCGACGGAAACCCAAACGACGGUGCGCAAAAGAAUGCUCUCUAUUCUUUCCAAGAGGCGCCGAAAAGCCAGAACAAUUUGAAAUGCGAGCUCACUGGCAAGGGAAACAAGGACACCCCAAAACUUGGGGUUGGCCUUGACGGGUUAUCCGCUUCCAGCGCCCAGUGGUCGACAGUAAUCGCACCCCAAAAUGUGGGUAUUGAACCAGAGAAGACGCCGAAGAUUUUUGCCGCAAUCAUGAAAGGAGGGAACGGGGCUUUGGUUCACUUUGGAGACAGCUUUGCCGGCAAGCCUCUAAAUUCACCCCAGGAGCAGUUCCAGUUCGGAAAAUACUACGAUACCAGCCACGUCGAGAUUUGCUACGAUGGGGAAUCAGGUAAAACCACAGGAGACCCUCACUUCAAAAGGUGGGAUGGGAGCCAUUACGAGUUUCAUGGUGCGUUUGUUGACGUGGCGUAUCAACAGAUUGUCGCCCAUGAGUUUCCCCAUUCGCUGCUCCAUUUGACACUCAAUUUUGUGCACCAAUUACUUGUAUGCACGUAUACAGGUGGCUGUGAUGUCCUCUUGUUGAGGAACCCCGACUUCAACAAUGGCCAGGGGAUGCACAUCUACGCACGUACCAAGAUUGUGAGGUGGUGGUCAUACAUUGAUCAGGUGGUGGUGAAGAUUGGUGAUGAUGUCUUUGAGGUGCAUGGUGGAGUUCAAGAACCUCUACCGUACUGGAUCAAUGAUAAACCUUCUUCCGUGGCACGCCGUUUGCUUGGCUCCUCCACUAGCCGCCAGAAAGCCGAAGCCGCCUGUGCCAAAGUAGACCCCGAUUCGUUCAACGACUGCGUUUCGGAUGUUCUCACCCUGGAUGACGUUGAUCUCGCCGCGGGAUACGUGCAGUAA